AUGCCAGAGUUAAAAAAUAUCUUCCUGUUGGUGCCUAACCUUAUAGGCACCCGGUUUGGGGCCAUGCUCGACAUGCUGACAGACCGCUGUUCCACCAUGUGUCUCUUGGUCAACCUGGCUCUGCUGUACCCUCGAGCCACUCUGCUCUUCCAGCUCAGCAUGAGCCUGGACGUGGCCAGUCACUGGCUGCAUCUGCACAGUUCCGUGGUAAGGGGCAGUGAGAGCCACAAGAUGAUGGACCUCUCUGGGAACCCCGUGCUUCGGAUCUACUAUACUUCUAGGCCUGCCCUGUUCACCCUGUGUGCUGGAAAUGAACUCUUCUACUGCCUCCUGCACCUGUUCAAUUUCUCCGAGGGACCACUAGUGGGCUCUGCGGGACUCUUACGAAUGGGCCUCUGGAUCACAGCUCCCAUCGGCCUGCUCAAGUCCACCAUGAGUGUCAUCCACCUCAUCACAGCGGCGUGA